AUGGAGGCGCCCCAGGCAGCAGCAAGCCAAGAAGAGCGGGACUACAAGUUCAUCGCGAAAGCCGUGGACGAAGCUUACCGGGCAGUCGAGUGCGACGGCGGAUACCCCUUCGGGGCGGUCAUCGUCCGUGGCGACGAAGAGGUGGUCAGCAGCCACAACUUGGUCCGGAAGGACACCGAUCCAUCGGCGCAUGCCGAAGUAGCCGCCAUAAGACAGGCUUCCAAAAAACUAGGAAAAAUCAACCUCUCCGACUGUGAAAUCUACACGUCCUGUGAGCCAUGCCCGAUGUGCUUGGGACUGAUUCGCCUAUCCAAGAUAAAGAAGGUGGUGUAUGGAGCCAAGUCGGAGGUUGCUGCUGCUGCUGGGCUCAAUGGCACCCUCCCAGAUGUCUUUAUAGAGUACUAUCAGAAAUCCGGCAUAGAGAUGAGGCAGGCUGAGGGCGACGAAACCCGCCGGAUUGCUGAGGAGGUGUUUGAGAAGACAAAGGGGAAGUUUCGGAAGAAGUAA